CACGUGAGACUGGGUGACACAUGCGCACUACGUCACCGAGCUGAGGACUCAAAGUGAAGACGCUCAACUUUUCUUCCUCCACUUUGCGCUCCAGCUCUCUGCCGUCACCUCCCUCCGUCCACAGCCGCGGAGGCGAAAUGCUGAAGGGGAAACAUGGUCAUUAACUCGGCACGGAAGAUUUCGCAACUCGAAGCCUACUGACUCACCACGGAUCAGCCCUAUACCACAGUCCCUCUGUGGGAAUUUGUCAUCCCUCCCUUCUUCGCGGUUGUUGAUUUCCCAAAAAUCGGACAGACUCUCCUCUAAAAUGGACCAACAGAACGACAGCUGUCAUUAUAAUGAGUCAAUGGGCUUUUUCUACAACAACAGCGGCGCUGAUGACAAAUGGGACAACGGCCAGCUCAUCCUGGUGCAGGUGGUGGGCUCUCUCUUCUGCUUUUUCAUCCUGGUCUCCAACACCAUGGUCAUCGCUGCUGUCAUCACCAAUAAGAGGUUUCACUACCCUUUCUACUAUCUGCUAGCCAACCUCGCCGCCUCAGACUUCCUGGCGGGCAUAGCCUACGUGUACCUGAUGUUUAACACAGGUGAGGUGUCGCGGAAACUUACAGUUAAAGGAUACUUCAUCCGUCAAGGUCUUCUGGACAUCAGUCUUUCAGCCUCGCUGGCUAACCUGCUGGUAAUAGCUCUGGAGCGCUACAUCUCCGUCAUGAACUGGAAAGUGCACAGCAACCUGACGAAGAGGAGGGUGACCCUGCUGAUCGUGCUGGUGUGGGCCAUCUCCAUCUUCAUGGGGGCUGUGCCGAGUCUGGGCUGGAACUGCAUCUGCAACCUGAGCGACUGCUCCCAGCUGGCUCCUAUCUUCAGCAGGAGCUACCUGAUCUUCUGGUCCGUGUCAAACCUGGUGGUGUUCUUGGUGAUGGUGGUCAUCUACAUGAGGAUCUACACCUACGUCAAGAAGAAGACGGCGGUUCUCACACCACACACCAGCGGCUCCAUUAACCGCAAGAGAACGCCCAUCAAGCUCAUCAAGACAGUCAUGGUUGUGCUCGGGGCCUUUGUGAUCUGCUGGACUCCCGGCCUGGUGGUUCUUCUCCUGGAUGGCCUCAACUGUACGAGUUGUAACGUCAUGAAAUCAAAACGCUGGCUGCUGCUCCUGGCUGUGCUCAACUCUGUCAUGAACCCUUGCAUCUACUCUUACAAGGACGAGGAAAUGUGGACAACCUUCAAGAACCUAAUGCGCUGCAUCGGUAACGGCACACGACGGCAGCGGUCGACGAAGGCCAACGCCAGGCCGCUCAGCUCUGCUCAGGACACGGCCAACAGUCAGCUUACCUCAGAGGAGACAAAAAAUGACAAUCAGGACAUAAUCAAGACUUGAAAGUGGAACUUGUUAAGAAUUUUUAUAGAGUUUGUGUCCAGCUCUGACUGGACGUACCUUAUGAAGACACAGAUUGGAGUUGAUUUAAGAGAAACCACACCAGUGGGUCUCAGGGCGUCGUCGUCUGCAGAUUAAAGUACUUUCUUGAAGAGACACUGCGGGCCAGUCUCCAGCGUAGAGCUGGUGAAAUCGAGAUAAGAAGAGACCUUUAUGCACUACUAAUUCCCCAAAUGGAUGCAAAGAUGUUCUGCUUAGUUUUAUUCAGGAUUUUACAGUUUUUGGACACAAUACUCCUAGUCAGGGAUUGUGACAUUCUUGUCGCUGUUUCAUGCUGUUCUUUUUGUCGUACUCACCACAUCACUGUUGGUUAUUGAAUCAAUUCAGCAAGGCAAGACAAUAAUCCAGUAUGAAGUGCAAAGCAGUACAUUUUUACUUUUACCUUUUCAAAAAGGGUAAAAUCAUACAAAGGGUGGCUUAACUUUCUCCCUUUUUAUAUAAAUGUGUGUACAUCUGAUUGCCUUUAGGUUUACUUCCUGUGUAGCUUUUGAGGAAGUGAUUCUGUAAUGGAUUAUCUACUGUAGUUGAGAUAUGUAACUUGUCUGUAGUCGGGUACACUAAAACUGUAGGUUUGCUUGGGCAGGGCACAGUUGUUAGGAUUAUUUUAACACAGCCAGCAAAAAAUACUGUAAACUGCUAUAUAGUAACUACUUGUACAUUCUGUAAAAAGCUUUCGAGAAGAGGUGAGUUCAUUUCAACUGUAUGACAGCAAGCGUGCUCAGCAUGACCUAAUUGUUUAAGCUAUCCUUAGCAAUUUAAUGUCUUGAAAAUCACACCCUGCUUUAUUUUGCUGAGCAGGUUUGCCCCUGGGGAACAGAUAACAUAAUCCCUCCUUUUUGUCCCAUCUGUAAUCUUUCAUCAGUUCACCUUAACAAAGAGCCUGCAGAACCUCAUGGAGGCAAACUUGUUCUACCUGUAGCAUUUUUACACAUCCACUUCAACUCGCUGAAUGGCUGCUGUUGCUCUGAUGUAACAUCUGCUCACCUGACAGUGCAGGGGUUGUAAAAUGUUGCGACACACUGGAUUCCUGCUGUAAUAUUAGCCAUAGCCUGUGUACCUGCAGGAAUCAAAGAGGAUAUGACUGAAUGACUGUAACAGCCACACACGAGCCCCCCCAGGACAGCUAAAUCAUUGACAGGGUUCCAGAUACUGUUCCAAAAUACAGUAUUUAUGCCACUCCUGCUGUAAAACACUUGACAUCAUUAAAGCUAUUUUGUUUAUGUUAUGUUUUGUUAUCAAGCCAAGAUUAUGCAUCGUCAUCACUGUCAAGUUGGACUUUCAAACUGUACAUUUGAAAUCAUAAAAAUAACUCCUUUUGUUAAGAAACAGCUUUUUGUACGUUUAUUUUUUUUCAAACUUAACAAUGUUCAAUAUGUCUAUUUUCAUAAUGAAAUGACAUGAUACAGAAACAGCACAGAGGUUAAAUUCGCUAAAGAGCUUGCAACAAUGGCCUAAAAUUCAAACAAACAAAAAACAUUCACUUUUUAAAGGUGCUUAAUUCAAUAUUCAGAGCUUUAAAAUAGCUGCAAACAACUAUUUGCUAUGUAAAGAUACAGUGGAGUAAUGUCUACCUAAGCAGAGACUGAUAUUACUCUCCCUUUUUUUUCUUUUAUUCGUGCUGGCCGUCCUCUCUUGUAGUGCAUGUGAGCGUGCCCCACUGGCUAACUUGCGGCCUCCGCUCUGCACUGCUCUCAUAGGGCGGUUACAGCUGAAGAAGUCAGACUGACGGAGAGGUCACUUAAGCGUAACGCCAACCCUCCGGUUCCCCCUCAGGUAAACACUGUUA